ACAGGAACGUCUUAGAUGAUAGACGACUGGUCAAAGAAAAAAAUGCUAACAUCGGAAUAAAGCUAGUAUAUAUAAUCCUCAAAAAUAAAUUUUCUGAUUUGAUUACGAAAUUUAAUGAAGAAUUACGUUUGAUCACGUUCAUUUCAGUACUGUUUUGUAUUCUCACAAUAACGCCAUUAUUACGUAUAGAUGAUCCGUUUUGACGUUUCGAAAGCAACUUAUUAAUAAUGAAUGAACUAACAAAAUUGGGACACUACCACAUCCAACCUAUCUUUUUCUUAUGCCUCAAAAGAAACACUUUGUGUUGACUUUGAUUUUCUCAAUUUGAGUAGUUUGACUAGAAUAAGCAUAUUAUUAUUAUUACAACCAGUAUAUAACACAUAUAAAACAUAGUUGUAGAGGUACAUGGAAUUUCUUAAUUAGAUUAUUAGGGGCAAGCAUGAAACCUUUUCAGUGUGGAGUGUGUUGUUACAGUGUUCGGUAGAAGUUUACUAAAGCAAUAUAAUGGUGGAUGUUGUGGAUCCAGGAGUAGUCAAGACAGGAGCAUAUAAGUAUGAAGAUGGUACUAGGUACGUGGGCGAGUGGAACUCCAAGGGGCAAAAGCAUGGUAUGGGACAUCUGGUCUUACCUGAUGGAACCAGAUAUGAUGGAGCCAUGAUUGGUGGGUUGUGUUCUGGGCUUGGGGUUAUGGCGUUCCCCGAUGGUGCCAAAUACGAAGGAGAGUUCAUGCAGGGUUGGUUCCAUGGUCAUGGUGUCUUCUGGCGAGCUGAUGGCAUGAAGUUCGAAGGGGAAUUCCGAGGAGGAAGGGUCUGGGGACUUGGUUUGGUGACAUUCAGUGAUGGUAGUAAUGGGUUUCCUCGCAACGAAGGUUUCUUCCAAGACUGUCGAUUAGUCCGCCGUAAGAGAUGCCCAGAGGUGGUGCAGAGAGCUCAGAAAGUGGCCUACAUGGCGCGGGCGCAGUGCCAACAAAUGUAGAACAUCAAGGGGGGUUUAUCGACGUUCAUGUACAUAUAAGUACAUAGUAAUUAUUA